AUGAUUCUCUUUUUGAGACUAUUUUUCGUUUGCCUGUUGUUUGAUGCUCUCUUGGUUGCUGGCACUUACACACAUUAUCGUUUGCCGACUGCCAUUAAACCGGAUAAUUAUCACCUCAAAAUCAUAACACACUUGGAUGAUCCGGAAAACUUCACCUUCAAUGGUGAGGUGACGAUCGAACUCGACAUAUUGGAAGAUACUAAGAAUAUUACCUUUCAUGCGAAAAAUUUAACUAUUGAUGAAUCUCAAAUCGAUUUAAAGAGCCAGGAUGGGGCAUCUCAUUUGUGUUUGGAGGAUAUCGAACGAGUUCCGGAACAUGAUUAUUUCAUUAUGGUAUUGUGUGAGAAAUUACAGAGCGGCAGCAAAUAUAAAUUACAGUUAAAGUUUUCGGGCAAUCUUAGUGAAGAAAUUCAGGGCUAUUUCUUCACAUCUUAUGAAGAUACGGAUACAAAUGAAACUAAAUGGCUUACGGCCACGGACUUUCAACCAACUUAUGCCCGUUUGGCAUUUCCCUGUUGGGAUGAACCUAAUUACAAGGCCAAAUUUAGAAUAUGGUUGGGCCAUAAUAAAUCCCUCAACGCCCUAAGUAAUAUGCCUUUGGACGAACAGAUUCCUCUACAGGGUUUGGAGGACCACUAUGUUUGGAGUAAAUUUCAAGAAUCGAUUAUUAUGCCCACAUAUCUGGUGGCAUAUAGUAUUAAUGAUUUUUUUGCUACAAAAUCUGAAGAGAAUAUUGGUGAAACCGAAUUUCGUGUAUGGAGCCCCAAAGAUAAAUCUGUGCAUUGUGAUGAUGAUGCCGAAUUGAGUCGGAAAAUCCUCAAGUACUUUGAAGAAAUAUUACAAUUACCAAAUCCUUUAAAGAAAAUAGAUCAAAUUGCUAUACCCAACUACCCGAAUGAGGGUAUGGAGAAUUGGGGCCUUGUUGUUUAUAACGAAAACUACCUUUGCAUUGAAUCGUAUACGGAGGAAGACCUUUUUCUCAGGAAAUAUUCAUUUGCAUUAAUUGCCCAUGAAUUGGCCCACCAGUGGUUUGGCAAAUCUGUUACCACCUCAUGGUGGACAGAUACAUGGCUGCAUGAGGGUUUUGCCAGCUAUUUUAGUUAUUUAGCAAUAAGGGAGCUCAAUUCGGAUAUCAAUUCCGAAACAACUCUAACAUUGAAAUUUUUCGAAAUUUUCAAUUUUGAUGCGAAAUUACAAACACAUCCAAUAUCCCAAUUGGUUACAAAUAAUAGUUGGAUCCACGAAAAUUUCGAUAGAUUAAGUUAUUUGAAGGGUUUUUGGAUUUUGAGAAUGGUUCACCUUGUCUUGGGUAAUGAGCGAUUUUUUCGAGCAAUUCAGCAAUAUUUGAAAAUAAAUCAAUAUCAAAAUGUUGAACAAAAUGAUUUGUUUAGAGAAUUUAAUCACGAGUCCAAAGAUAUCGAUCUUAAUAUGACAACAAUUUUGAAAUCAUGGACCCUACAAACGGGUUAUCCAGUUGUGAAAAUUUGGCGUAACUAUGAGAAUGGCUCAAUAGAAAUUUCCCAACAACGAUUCUUAACUGAAUUCACCGCAAAUGCUGAAGAACAGGACAAAUGUUGGUGGAUGCCAUUAAGCUAUACCUCAGCAUCGGAGUCGGAUUUCACCAAUGUUAAUAUAACAUCCUGGCUUGAAUGUGAUGAUCGGAUGAAGAGUAAACCAAUUCGUAUAAAUUGUGAUGCAGAAUCAAAUGAAUGGUUGAUUUUUAACCUCCAAGUAACUGCUUUUUAUAGAGUAAUGUAUGAUCCUCGAAAUUGGCAACUUAUAACCACAAACCUGCUUAGUGAUCAGUACUCAAAAGUUCAUGUUCUAAAUCGAGCCCAAUUAGUUGGCGAUGCCUUUGCAUUGGCCUGCGCUGGCCAUCAGGAGUAUGACAUUGCAUUUGGUAUUUUGGAAUAUUUAAGGCAUGAGUAUGAAUAUCCACCAUGGAAAUCGGCAUAUGCUGAAUUGGAGUUGGGUGCUUGUGCAGCAACACUGAAAUCUUUGCCAAAAUAUCGAAUUUAUUACAAUGCCUUUAUGCGCCAGAUACUGAAGCCACACCUACAAAAUUCAUUUCGUCACACCGAUACCGAUGAUGUCAAGUCUGAUGCGUUACUUUUCAAAUCCAUAAUUUCCACUUGGGCGAAGGACGUAGAACUCGGAAUUGACAUACAAUCCGAUAUACAAUCAUUUCAACAAUGGAGAUCCGUGGCAGAUCCGGAUGUUAACAACACCAUAAGCAUUUACAAAAGAAAUCGGAUUUAUUGUAAAGAUAUAGCGAAUGGCAAUGAAAGCGAUUGGCAUUUCCUGUGGCAGCGUUUCGAAUACAACUCCAACAACAACAAAGAAGAACGAAGAAAAAUUCUACAAGCAUUAAAUUGUACCGCUCGUGAGUUUUGUAUGAAUCACAUCGAAGAAUUGGUGUCAUCAAAAAUCGAUGUUAACUUUUUAUUCGAUCAAAUGGCUUCGAGAAUUAUUUUCAUGCAGGACAUUAACACUCACAUCAAUUUUAUUGAAAAUCAUCGUAAAUAUUUUGAAAAUGUCGACAGUAAAGUUCUGAUGAUUCGUGAAAAUAUUUUCCCGAAAAUUCAAUGGAUUGAAAGAAAUUUAGAGAAAAUAAUAGAAUACCUGCAUAUGCGUUUAUCUCGAAUGGGUGUGAAAAUGACGAAUGAAAUUAAUUGA